UCUUCUGAGUCUCUCGUCUCCUUUCACUUCGUCUUAUAACCGGAAACUUUAGCUUAGCGUGGUUCUGUUGGGAGUAGUCUUCCUUUUUCUAUAGAAACCCAAAGGCUUUAGUUUGAAGCUGCCCAAAACUCAAGAGAACCAAAACCCUAAAACCCAUUUUUACGUCUGCUUGUUUAAAGGAAUGGAAUUCACGCCAGAAUGGGCAUCUCAACCUUGCCUCAUGGGAAUCGACGAAGCGGGGAGGGGUCCUGUUUUAGGACCAAUGGUUUAUGGAUGUUUGUACUGCCCCAUUUCCUACCAGUCUUCUCUCGCCUCUCUCCAUUUUGCAGAUUCAAAGACUCUAAAAGAGGAGAAAAGAGAAGAAUUAUAUGAAAGUUUAAAGCUUGACAAGUCACUUGGAUGGGCCGUCGAUGUCAUUGGUCCUAGGGAACUCUCAGCCAAGAUGCUCGCAAAAAACAAGAUCAAUUUAAAUGAGAUUUCGCAUAACUCCGCAAUGGGGCUCAUCAAACAGGUUCUAGACAUGGGAGUUUUUCUGACCGAGGCUUACCUAGAUACUGUGGGAGAUCCUGAGAAGUACAGAAUAAAAUUGUCUGCGAGGUUUCCUUCGAUAAAGUUUGUCGUUUCGAAGAAAGCUGACAGUCUAUAUCCUGUUGUUAGUGGGGCAAGUAUUGUGGCUAAGGUGACAAGAGACAGAGCGGUGAGAGAAUGGUUGGUAGAAGAAACCGGUGAAGAUAUAAACAGAAAGUUUGGUUCUGGAUAUCCUGGAGAUCCUGAGACAAAGGCAUGGUUAGAGCAACACAAACAUUCUGUGUUUGGAUUCCCAUCACUUGUCCGUUUCAGUUGGGGAACUUGCACUGCACAUUUGAAAGGCGAGGUUGAAGUUACAUGGGAAUCAGAUGAAGCUGACGAGAGUGGUAAUGGAAAUAGCAACAAGCGACAGUCAAAGCUAAGUAGAUUUGGGUUCACAACAUGCGAGAGUAGGAGCGAAGAAAUCGAAUCGAGCGGGAAAGGGCGCUGCAAAUUUUUCCAGGCUCGCAAAAUCCAACAAAUCACUCAGUUUUAGACUAGCAAAAGCCAACUAAUGUUUCUCUAAGGCAAAGAUACUAUUAUGUUUCUUGUGAUACCUCUAACUUUUCUUGUGAUAUUACUAAUGUUUCUUGUUAUGACUCACUUGUAACAGAGCGUUGAGAGUUGUUGUUAUGAUUCACUUGUGAAAUCUUCAAGGCAAA